AUGGCGAAUGCUCUUGAUGCUAGCAUGGUCAUACUAACAGAGAAGGAUGUGACUCCUCGAGGCAGCUGUUCACGUCGCCGAGUGGUCGAAGUUCUCGUACGCAAGGUUCCCGAGAGUCAGCAGUUCAUCGAGUUGAGGUUAGCCGUACUUGGUGGCGCGGACGUUGGAAAAUCUACAUUCUGCGGUGUGAUGACUCAAGGUUGCCUCGAUGAUGGCAAUGGGAAGACCAGGCUUAACCUUUUCAGGUUUCCACAUGAGGUCCGUAGUGGAAAAACUAGCUCAGUGUGUUUGGACGUCAUUGGAUUCGAUUCACGGGGAAAGCUUGUCAAUUAUGCUCAAAAUAGCCUUGAAGAAUUAGUGGAGCGGUCCAAGAAAAUAGUUACACUAAUCGAUCUGGCUGGUGAUUCGAAGUAUCUGAAAACCACCAUACAUGGAUUGACUGGCUACAAACCUCACUUCGCCUGCCUAUUAGUCUCUGCUGAAAUUGGACCAACCUCCACCACGAAAGAACAUCUUGGUCUUGCUGCAGCUCUCAAUAUUCCUGUUUUCGUAAUAAUAACAAAAUGGGAUCUCGUGGAAAAGGAACAACUGGACAGAGUUAUUAAGUCUGUGACAUCGUUCGUUUCGCGAGCUGGUAUGGUUGCGUGCCCAAAACGAGUUAAGCGAAAAAGGGAUGCUGUCAAGUACGUGUAUUUCAGGCCCGCCUCUCAGAGAUGGGUGAAUGCUGUUCCUGUGGGACCGUUAAUAAAUGGGAAGUUUUUUGAGAAGGCAUUCAUUGGUUCGAUCAGACGAAGUCGUCAACCCGUCCAAGCAGUGUUGCCGGGCGAAGCUGUCAGCAUUGCUCUCAGUCGACUGUAUAUUGGAUCAGUUCGUCAGACUGCUGCCAUCGUGGAUAUUGAUCGCCCGUCUCUAGAACAGGGAAAGUGGGCGACCGUUUUGUUCCAACUCAUGGGUGGUCCAGAAUACAUACUUGCUGGCACGCCAUUGAUAUUUCGUCAGGGAAAAACAAAAGGAAUGGGAGAAGUCAUGGAGGUCAUUGAGGACUAA